GUAUUGCUCUAAUCUGCAUUUGCACUCUUUCAGAGUUUUGAUUGCUCCUUUUCUUAGGGCAGCUUUCAUUGAAGUGCUGAUGAAAUGUGCCCUUUUAGGCUAGAUCAGGAUGUUUUCAAGGUAAAAGAAACCAAAGAACCACACUGCAAAUUCAGCAGUAAUUAUUCCUUGGUCUUCAAGGGAAAGUUCCUUCUCCCUGUCUGAUUCCUAGGCUGUAAUAUCCCAGGACAGGUAGUGCCCUAACAUUUGCAUCUCUUGAGGUGAGUUCUAUAAACAUCAGAAAAGGAGAAAUUCCUGAGGCACUCAGUGUCAAGUUGUGCAUGCAGAUAGCUCUGAACCCUCUCUGUGCUCUUCACAAACCAUUCUCUGAUGGGAUUGCUGGCAGUGGGACCCUUGAGUCUCAUUGCAGAGGGCAGGAUGCAGAGUAUGGGGGAGGUGAGGUCAUUUUAUCCCACAGCAUCUUGUGGGGGCUGGAUCUCCUCAGAAGUGGCUCAGUGGCUGUUUCUGACCCUGCCCUGUCUUCUGCUGACUGUGGUUGGUUUGCUCCCUGCUUGCCCAAGUGUGAAAAACGCCAAUCCCUCGUGUUAAAGUUUUAAAAGUUUAACAGUAAUCAAAUAGUUCUAAAAAGAGUAAUAAAAAUUAGAGCAAUAAGAAUUUGGACAAUCAGAGUUAGGACAAUAAAGGGACAAUAAAAAAGCAAAGAAUUAAGGACAUCCAGGCAUUCUGCUCUGCCACAGAACAGGUUUUGCUAACAAAGGAUUAAUCCUUAAAAGCAAUAGCCUGUUGCAUAUUCAUAUAUCUCAUACACAAUGCAAACAUUCCUUUCAAACUAAGGAUUUUUCUGUUUAUUGUCAACUUCCCCCCUCAUCUUGUAAUCAGUCAUCUCAGUCCCCAUGAAGUCUGAUUCUUCCUGAUAGGGGGGCAGUAGUUCUUCUCUUGGGAUUUUGGGUGUCCUGUUGCUGUUAUCUCUGUGUAAAUAAUUUCUUGAUUUUCUUGUUCAUUUCUUGAGGUAGUUAGAAAAAAUAUCUUACAUCACGUAGUUUCUAUUUUAAUAUGAUGUUCUAGCCUAAAACUACAUUUAACACACUACUUAAAAAGGAUUAAUACAGUACUACAAAACAACUUCCCAACCUAACACAUAUUAUAUUCAUUUUAGUAUUUGCAAACAGUCUGUCGUAUAAUGUGCAUUUUUCACACCAAGUGAGCUGAGGUGAGCUGCAGUGCAGAAGGAAUCUCAUGCCCAGGUGUCCCCCCGAGCCCUGAUCCCUCUCUUUGUGUUGCAGUCCUUUCUCCAUGUCACCAGCCACAGGAAUUCUGGACGCUGGUGACACCAUGCAGGUGACAGUGGGAUUUCACCCGCUGACCACGGGUGACCACUGCGGGUCCCUGGCAGUGUGCUGCAGCACAGGUGAAGAAAAUAUCCACACAAACCUCCGCGGAGAUGCUGUAGAAGUCAAUGCUGGGUUGAGCACAAAUUCCGUGGAGCUUGAGAAGACUUUCAUCACCAUGUCAAGCCACAAAACAAUGUUCAUUGAAAACAGGAGUAACAUCACAGCCCACUUCCAGUGGAAGGCUUUUCCUACUGAGGAAGGAGAGAUUGAAGAGAAGAGGAGAUAGUCAAGUUUUACCGUCUUCUCAACGCCACCCAAAAAGCCUCAUCGAUCGCGACAGGGGCCCCACAGCCACGAUCCUGGGACAACACCGGGAGCGCGGGGGGUGCCACCAACCACCCACAACUGAAGGCUCCCUUCAGCUAGGCAACGGCAGGACCGGACCACCGGGCCGGGAAGGGGGUUCUCGGCCCCCUUCGGCCGGGGAACCCAGUCUGAGCGUGCAAGAAAAGUGCUACCGACCGGGCCACGGGCCACCGGCUUUCGCCCGCCUCGUGGCAGUCGGCUUCCCCCCCUCCAAGAAAAAACAAACGGAAAUAAAAUACGGGGUGGGGACGGCACGACAAAAA